AUGGCGGCCGCACGACUUCCCGCUCCCAGCCUCGGAGCCCGGAGGUGCAAGGGCCACUUUCCCUUUCAUUAUCGGAGUCCAGCGCAGGCUGGGGGCCGCGGCUCCGAACCUAAGCGGGAGGGCCCGCGGCAGCGACGGAGGCGAGCGGGAGCGGGCGUGCGGCCGGGCUCCGCAGCCCCGCGCCGCGCCCCGCGAGCCCGGAGCUCGCGCCCCGCGCACUCCCCGGCCGGCUCGCGCCGGGCCCUCCCCCGCCCUCCCGCGGCCGGGGGCGGGGGCGGCGCGCGGCCGGCUCCCGAGCUCCGCGGGCGCACCCGGGAGUGCGAGCGCGGGGGUCCCGGCCGCCUCCUGGGCAGGCAGCUAGGGGCGGCGCGGAGGGACCCGCGGCUCGGAGGGGCGGCGCCCGGCGGGCCGCGCUCUGCGCCGGGCUCGGGGCCGUCCCCACCCCCACCCCCACCGCGGUGCACUGCGGCGGUGCGAGCGGGAGCGGCCAUGAACUCCGCCGCCGAGGCUCGGCGAGCGCGCGCGCGGGGCCGUCGCCGCCGCCGCCGCCCGGCCGCUGCCGGAGCCCGCUCGCCGGCCUGCGCGGCCCCUAGGGCGCCAGGUCCCCACGCCCGGCCCGGUCCCGUCCCCAGCCCGACCCCGUUCGCACCGCACCGCUGGCGGCCGCCCGCACAUCCUGGAACUGGCUGGUGCCCCAGAGCUCGGCGAGAACGCGCGUCUUCCGGGCCGCUCCUUCGCGCCGGCGGCCGGCCGCCCCCGCGCCCCCGCGCCCGCCUCGCGGAUAGCCCGGGCCCCUUCCGCACCCCCGGCCCGCGCUUACCUGCAGCCUGGCACAGCCACAGACACUCGCCGUGGGCUCCCCGCGCUCACUGCAAGCAGGCCGGGGACGGGUUGGACGCGGGGCGCGGGGGCACGGAAUGCUGUCACUCUGUGUGGAUUUCUCUGUCCAGCUACUCUGCUGGGAGCACCUAAUUUCUCAUGUGGGAUGCCCACAGACUCCUCCGGCCUGGAACCUGCUUCUGAGGAUUGUGAGGCCUGAUGUGUGGGGUCUGUGGCAUAGAAUCCUGAGUGCCAAGGAUUAGGGUGCUUAUGAGCAGCCCCCAGGGAUGUUUGGAAAUGUGAAGUCAUUUGGGG